GAUAUUUUGUUUCGGCAUAUUAUUGACAUUGCACGUAGAUCUGUAUGGAAAAAUUAUGUGAACUUGUUCGUUCUCGAUCAGUAUAGGUAUUCCGCAGUACCGAUUAUUCCUUUUGUAUUUUAGUUAGCUCACUUUUGAUUUAUUCUGUAUACACUUUUGCGGCAAGAUCGUUUCUUGAAGCGGCGAUAAUGCAUACUAGUUAUUACAUGUUGGUUAUCGCGGUGUUAAACUUGGCGACGUGUCGUACUCGGGAAGUGUAUUCCAAUACAUGGGUUGCGAAGGUUGAUGGUGGUCUUCGGGAGGCCGAAAGGAUAGCAAGAGAAAAGGAUCUUACACUGUUAGGCCAGGUUGGAAGUCUGGAAGGAUUUUAUUUGUUCAAGCACAAUUCACAUCCCAAACGAUCGAAACGCGAUGCCAUGGAUAUCACAUCGGACCUUGGUGAACAUCCUAAUGUGAUUUGGGCAGAUCAACAAAUUGUGAAGAGACGUGUACGAAGAGAUUAUAAUCCCAAGUUAAAUGAUCCAGAUUAUAGUAAACAGUGGUUUCUGCAUAAUAGAGACAGUAUAUUUAGAGGAUAUGAUCACAACGUCCUUCCCGUAUGGGAACAGGGUGUUACUGGCAAGGGCAUAGUUGUGUCCAUCCUAGAUGAUGGAAUUGAGUAUAAACAUGGGGAUUUAAAGGAUAAUUAUGAUUCCGAGGCUAGUUAUGACUAUAACAGCAAUGAUCCUGAUCCUGCUCCAAGACCAACAUGGAAUGAUGAAAACAGGCAUGGUACAAGAUGUGCAGGUGAAGUGGCUGCUGCAUGGAACAACAGUGUCUGUGGUGUGGGUGUGGCACCAGGAUCAAAAGUUGGAGGUGUACGCAUGCUUGAUGGUGAUGUGACAGAUGCAGUAGAGGCAUCAUCUCUGAGUCUUAAUCCUCAGCAUAUUGAUUUGUACAGUUCAAGCUGGGGACCUGAUGAUGAUGGGAGAACAGUUGAUGGACCAGCUACUUUGGCAAAAAAGGCAUUUGCUGAUGGUGUUCAAAAGGGCCGUGGUGGAUUAGGUUCCAUUUUUGUGUGGGCCUCUGGCAAUGGGGGGAGAGGCCAUGACAGUUGCAGUUGUGAUGGCUACACAAAUAGUAUUUACACUUUGUCAAUCAGCUCAGCAACAGAACAUGGAACUUCUCCAUGGUAUUCUGAGUACUGUGCAUCAACUCUGGCCACUACUUUUAGCAGUGGGAGCUAUGAUAUGAGAAAAAUUGUUACCACAGACCUGCAUGGUAGAUGUACAGAUUCACAUACAGGCACAUCUGCUUCAGCACCUCUUGCUGCUGGAAUAUUAGCCCUUGCAAUGGAAGUUAAUUGUAACCUGACCUGGAGGGACAUGCAGCAUCUUGUUGUUCGAACAUCAUCCAAUGCUAAGUUGAAAUCCGAUGACUUUGUUGUCAAUGCAGUUGGGAGGAAGGUCAGCCACAAGUUUGGUUACGGUUUACUUGAUGCUUUAGCACUUGUCAACCUUGCAAGGAAGUGGAAAACUACACCAGCCCAGCAUGUCUGUUGUGAAAUACCUGAAGCACAGCAAAGACCAAUUCCUGGAACUGGCUCUUUAAAGGUGACUAUUGAUGCAACAGCUUGUUCAGGUAGUGACCGCUAUGUGCGGUACUUGGAACAUGUCCAAGUGGUCAUAACCUUGACUUUUACACGACGUGGAGACCUCACUAUUAAGCUGAUUUCCCCUUGUGGAACAGCUUCAGUUUUAUUGCCACAGCGAAGGGAAGACUACUCAGGUGCUGGCUUUACAGAUUGGGAAUUCAUGUCAACUCAUACAUGGGGUGAAGAUCCAAAAGGAACAUGGACAUUGGAGAUUGAAAACCAUGGUGCUUCUCGAAAUAGUGGAACACUCAAGAAUUGGUAUUUGAUUACUUAUGGCACAUCAGAACCGCCACAACCUACUGAUUCCACAAAGGAACCAGUAGCUGCCUGCAACUUGGAAUGCCAAAAUGGCUGCACUGGACCAAGGGCAAACCAAUGUAAAGAGUGUAAGCACUUCAGAAGAAGCACCAGCAAUGAGUGUGUUGCCGAUUGCACCAAGACAGAAUACAGAGAUCUGGCUGCAAAACUGUGCGCCCCAUGCAGUCCAACAUGUGCAACUUGUUAUGGACCUAACUCACCUAACUGUCUAUCAUGUCAUCCACCUCUUAUUCUGAACAAUGGAAGUUGUGUGAACUUUUGCCCCGAUGGUUGGUAUAAACAUGUUAAUGGUUCUAUUCUGAUGUGCGGGAAGUGUGACAAGUCAUGUUUGACUUGUGCCGGUAAUGCAACGUCAUGCACUUCCUGUAGGUCACAGUACAGGCAUCAUUUCAGCAGAUGUGUAGCUAAAUGUGCAGAUGGACAGUACUUAGCAGAAGACGGACAGUGCAAGAUUUGUCACCCUUCUUGUCGUAAAUGUCAUGCUGGUGGUGCAAGCUCUUGCACAGAAUGUGGCACUAAAGAAACUCAGCAGCAACUGUUUCUGCAUGGGGGAGAGUGUAAGGCAUCUUGCCCAAGUGGAUUCUAUGGGGAUAGAGAAAGCCAGGAAUGCAAACCUUGUUCUGCAUCAUGCAGCAGUUGUGUAGGAUCUUCAGCAUCCGAUUGUCUGUCUUGUAGCAAGGGACACUUUAGGACUGGAACCCCAGUUGGGACAUGUGUUGAAAGUUGUCCUGAGGGUCAGUAUGGGGAAUCCUCAAAUGGUACUUGUGUUGCUUGCCUGUCGUCAUGUAAACAUUGUGAUGCUAUCGAACCCACCAAAUGCACCAGCUGUCAAGAAGGCAAAUUUCUACACGUGCAUCAAUGUUUGUCUGCUGAACAUUGUCCAACUGGCACAUUUCCAAACAGUACCUCUUCGAUAUGUGAAAAUUGCCAGGUUGGAUGUGCUUCUUGCAGUCAUUCCUCGAGUCUGGAGUGUCAGUCUUGUUCGGAAGGAUUUGUUAAGUACAAAUCUCAGUGCUUGAUACGUUGUCCUGAAGGAACCUUCCCUAGGAAUUCCAGCUGUGUCCCUUGUAACUCAGCAUGUCGCACAUGCUUUGGUGAGGAAAGCAACCACUGUUUCUCUUGCUCCCCUUCGAAUGUUUUGGCUGGAUCAACGUGUGUCACCAAAUGUCCGGAUGGAACGUUCCACAGUCAAAAUCCUCCUACCUGUAAAUCUUGCCACACAAAUUGUGAAACAUGCCGUGGACCGUCUGCUAGCGACUGCCAGACUUGUAGAGCUGGCUGGUCGCUUGAUGGCUCUGAAUGCAAACCAGUUUGUCCAAGAGGCAAGUUUAAUAGUAGUGACGGCUGUCAGAGAUGCCAUCCUGUGUGCCAUUCAUGCACUGGUCCAGAUGAAAAAGACUGCCUAAGCUGCAGUGAUAUAAAGUUUCUGGAUUUGCAAACAAAACAGUGUUCCUAUGAGUGUCCAGACGGUUACUUCGGUGAGCUGGAUACAACACGAUGUAAGCCGUGCUCCCCUGGAUGCACAAAAUGCAAAAACCAAGUGGAAUGUUUGUCCUGUCAGCCAGGUUUAUUGUUUGUUGCUAAUUCAUGUCGAACACAGUGCCCAGCAGGCCAAUAUCGUAGCAAAACUAACUCAUGUGAACCUUGUGAUGGUAUGUGCAAGGAAUGUGUGAGGUCUUCCAACAACUGUGUCCGGUGCAAAGAACACGAGGUUCUGAAUAAUGGAAUCUGUGUCAGUAUCUGCCCGAUUGGAACCUAUCUACUGCCAGGAACAAAGAGUUGUGCGCCAUGUCAUUCAUCAUGCAAGUCUUGCACAGGACCCGGUGCGGAUCAAUGUACCAGAUGUCAUCCUGCAUCUGUCAUGGCGAACUCAAGAUGUUUAGCAUCUUGUCCGUCAGACUAUUACUUUGACAGAGAAGUUAAUAGUUGCCAGCGAUGUGACUACUAUUGCUCAACCUGUGAAGGAGGGAAUGGCCUCAGAAAUUGCACAAGAUGUAUACCACCAUUUGUGCUCUAUAAGCACUACUGUAUCAGAGAGUGUCCCAAACAUGGCUGGGUAUUGGAUACCAGUCGUCAGAAGUGUAUAAAAUGUCACCCUUCUUGUUCAAGGUGUAUUGGGCCUACAGCGAAUGACUGCAUCGCAUGCAGCAAACCAGAUACAAGUCUAGUUGGCUUUUCGUGCAAAAAGGAAUGUCCCCAUGGAACAUUUCCAAAUCGGGACACAGGUCUCUGUGAGAAAUGUCACCCAACCUGCCAGACAUGUUCUGGUGCUGGUGCAGACACUUGCUUAUCAUGUGCAAAAGACUUAGUUCAAAGUCAAGACAAAGGAACUUGCGGCUCAGUAUGCCCUGAAGGAAAAUUUUCUCUUGAAGGAAAAUGUGAGAAGUGUCAUCCAAAUUGCAGAUCAUGCAAUGGCCCAGAGAGUUUCAACUGUCUUAGUUGCUCACAAGGCAAAGUAUUCUACAAUUUUACUUGUGUCAGUAGCUGUCCCAGUGGAUCGUUUCUUACGGAACAGUAUGGUAUUCAUCAGUGUCAAACGUGUCAUCCUGUCUGUCAAUCUUGUUAUGGUUUCUCUUCAGAUAACUGUCGCUUAUGUAAGAGCCCGCUUUAUCUUGAGCGUGGAAUGUGCGUUGUACAGUGUUCGCCCAAUCAUUCCAUUGAGGAACAAACAAGAUCUUGUCAUCCAUGUGGAAGAGAAUGUAAAUCAUCAGUUAUUGACAGGAAUCGCUCAGUGCAGUAUCCAAAUGAUAGUGCACUCAAAUUUGUGCUCGUAGAUCCCGGAAAGACUGGGCUAUCGGCAAUAGCCAUUGUAGCUAUGUCACUGGCAAUUGUUACUUUUCUUGUUGUAUUUGGGAUUCUUCAGUUUCGAUCCAAAAAGAGAAUGAAAUACUACACUAGUGUAGAAUGUAACGGUAGAGCUGAAUCUGAUGAUGAAUGCAACUGGUCUCUUAUCGAAGACGAAGACGAAGACGAGAGAAUGUAAAAUUCUACUUAUGGUUAGUGUCGUUCUACACGACAAUCGUGAACUGUUAUUCGUUCAGAAAAUAGACAGUUAUUUAAUUAAUCGCCAUUCUAACAGAUAUAAAAAAGGGGGAAAGACUUACUACGCAUACUCGUGUGUCAGGCGAUCUGCUCAUAAAAAGUGCGAAGAUUAACACGUAUUUUCAAUUUAAAAAGGCAAAUAGAUACGCAAAGUAAAAUUAUAAUCGAUCUUUGCGGUUCAGAAAGUUAUUUUUUGAAAACAAAUGUUUGUAAUCCCGUCCUCAUUGACCAUGUUAACUGACAUGUUUUCUAAGUAUCUUAUUCUUUACAUUUCAGAACGAAACCUGUUCAUAUUCUUUUGUUGAGAUAGUUAGUUUUACAACAAAGUUUUUAUCAAAGGCAUUUAGUUUCCAAGCUUAUAUUUGAAGUAAAAACCUUUGAAUAACAGUUACUAUUUCACUCAAAUCAUUUGCUUGCAGAAAGUUGCAUUUGUAUUCGUUUAUUUCCAUAGCCCGGUAUUAAGUACUAUGAAAAGUAUGCUCACAUCUGAAAAAACUGCAGAGGGAUAUACAUGUCGUGCUUUCUCAUUAUGGUCUCGGUUAUGGAACCAAAAUUAGUGAAAGAUCUUUAUCUUUAAUUUAAAAAAAUUCAGCGAAACAUAGAUAAAAAUGAUGAGUUAUUAUUUUUGCAUAUAGCAUUACUAUUAAUGCGAUUGGGUGUACAAAGCAUACGAAUUAAACAAGGUAAAUUGUUAUAAAUUAAUUUUUCAAACACCCAAUAAUGGAAGUUACCAUCAAAUUGAUGUUACUUCUGUCACGAAGUAAUACAAUUUUAAAGUUUUCUUGGAUCCUUCAAGGGAAAUAAAGAUAUAUUUUUAUAUUUUAU